UUAUCCUUCUUUUUUCCAUUUACAGGAGUUACCAAAAUGACUAACGCUCCUGCUGUUUCCAACAAUGCUCCCCUUAUGCGUGGCUUGCAUAAUGCCCAAACCAAACGUGGUUUGGCCAUUGCCAUUGGUUUGACUACCGUCAUCACAACAGCCUUCAAAAUCUUUGUGAAUAACCCCAAAAAGGAAGCCUACGCUGAAUUCUACAAGAACUACGAUGCGCAGAAAUCUUUCGAACGCAUGAAGGCCAAUGGUCGCUUCCAAUCCUGCUAAACUGUGUUUAGUUUUUCCGAUGGGGAGCAUUUAGCUAAUUAAUGCUAGUUCGUAGCUUAAAAUAACAGUAUGA